CAGUCAGAAGAGGCAAAGUCAGAGUGGGUUGGAGAAAAACCAGGGGAGCCUUGUUGUGAAAGGGCAAAAGCUCCCUGCCCAGCUCAGGGAUGGCUUUCCGGUUUCUGGGUUACGUUGUUCUAGUCCUGUUAUGGGUAUGCGUUACUGCUGCGGCUGCUGAAAAAGAAUGUGAACCACCUCCCAGAAGAGAUCGUGAACAACCUAUAGAAGAAUUGAAUGAAGAGUCAUUUGGACAUGGAACCACAAUAUCAUAUAAAUGCCGGCCUGGAUAUGUUAAAGCUUGGCUUAUUAAAGUUCAGUGUAAUGAUGGAACCUGGGAACACUUGUAUCCUAAAAAGAACUGCACAGGAAUAUCUUGUGGACAUCCCGGAGACUCUGAUUAUGCCACUUUUGAACUUGUCCGUGGAGAUGGUUUUACUUUUGGUGCCCGUGUUACUUAUACGUGUAAUGAAGGGUAUAAGAUGCUGAGCCAAUAUGAUUACCGUGAUUGUCGAGCAAAUGGAUGGUCCAAUGAAGUUCCUCACUGUGAAAUCAACAAAUGCUUUCCAGUAGCAACACCAGCAAAUGGGAGGAUUGUUCAGGGUGCAAAAGUUCAGCUGGACCAAGAUUUUUUAUCUGGGGACAUAGUGAUAUUUGGAUGUACUGGAUCCUUCAAAAUUCAAGGAGCUGAUAAAAUUACUUGUACAGCUGAUGGCACCUGGAGUGCACCUGUCCCAAAAUGUAUAGAAAUUACUUGCCAGGCAGACUAUAUUGAACAUGGAACCAUAUUAUCUGUAAAGAACCCCGCCGCCUGUAAACGAAGGGGUUGUGAAUAUAUCCCUAUAGAAAAUGGAAGAAUACCUCAUAAUUCUGAAUGGAACCAACCAUUUCCAAAAUGGGAGGGACAAACAAUUGACUUUUAUUGUUAUCGUGGAUUUCUGGCUGCAAACAAACAGACAUGGCACAGGGCCACAUGCAUUAAUUCCCACUAUGUCCCAGAACCAAAGUGUUUCAAAACAUGCGAUCAUUCUCAACGUUUUCAUUAUGGUCACUUCAACUCUAAUUAUUGGAACAAGUACAUAGAGGGUGACAACAUAACAUUUACUUGUAAUGAGGGCUAUCAUCCUGCAGAGCAGCAGACAACAUCCAGCUGCACAAAAAAUGGCUGGUCACCCUUUCCAAGAUGCAUCCCCAGAAAAGGUAAGCUUUAGGAAUGUCAGCUAAAAAUGCCUGACCUGAAGUGACUUAUCAUGCUUUGCUAUAGACAUUUUUCUUGGUGCUUUUGAAGCAGCAUUUCACAGUGGAUUUAUAAAUGAGAAUUUGUGAUAAUUCAGCAGCAGGCAUGAAGACAGAUGCAUAUAUCCACAGGGAAUUGUGCUAUGACUGGGGUAAAGGUAUGUCUAUGUAUGUGUA